AUGGGUCUGAUUAAAGGUUCUCUGGUUCUGCCAAAUUCAGUUCUCAGUAAGGUGGUUGUGAAGCUGCUGGCCGGUGUGGAGGGGGAGAUCCAAACAGCUGAUGGAGGACCAGGGCUGGCUUUUAGAACCUGGAGGAGCUGCAACCGAGCUCUGACGGUCGCUAGGGGCACUGCAACCAAGAGCAAUCUACACAGCACCAGGGAACCCCACAGGUGUACCAGGAGAGCGUGCAUGGACAGGGCAGAGAAGUUUAUUUCCUAUAAAAAAGUCCUGUUUGAGAUGGGCAAAGAGUAUCAGAGACAGUGGAGAUGGUUUCCUUCUCUCGGUAUCCAGCGCCAGCUUCGGAGACUCAUCAGUCACCCAGAGGAGAUGACUUCUGUACAGGAGGUGAACCCCGUGGUCCGGAGGGAUCAGAGCCUCGAUGAGCCGGCAGAGUCUGUCCUCGCACAUCAUGAAGGAGAUCACACAGUUCCGGGUGUGGGAAUCCCACCACGAGCCUCCCUGAGCCGCGUUGUGAACGGGGUAGAUGCUCGACCCUACAGCUGGCCCUGGCAGAUUUCUCUGCAGUAUCUCAGCGGCUCCACGUACCGUCACACAUGUGGAGGCACUCUGCUCACUCCUGAAUGGGUCAUGACUGCUGGACACUGCAUCGGAUCUCGAACCUACCGUGUGGUGGUGGGCGAGUAUGACCUCACUAAAGAGGAGAGAUAUGAGCAGUUAGAGGUGGCGAGGAUCGUGGUUCACCCCUACUGGGACGACAACUGCCUGUCUUGUGGUAACGACAUUGCGAUGAUCAAACUGGCCUCACCUGUCCAUCUGGACGACAAGGUGCAGCCGUCCUGUCUGCCGGAGAGCGGACAGAUCGUUCACAACGACCCCUGCUACAUCACCGGGUGGGGAAGACUCUACAGUGGUGGUCCCAUUGCCUCCAAGCUCCAGCAGGCCCUCCCUGUGGUCGCCCACAGCAUCUGCAGCCGCAGCGACUGGUGGGGUAGCACUGUGAAAACCACGAUGGUCUGUGCCGGUGGAGACAUCCGCUCUGGCUGCCAUGGAGACUCCGGAGGCCCUCUGAACGGCAGAGGUGGCGACGGGAUGUAUGUGCAGGGGGUGACCAGCUUCGUCUCCUCCCGUGGGUGCAACACCCCCUUGAAGCCCACGGUCACCCGCACCUCCUCCUUCACCAAGUGGAUCAGUGACACUUUGCUGCAGUACUGA